AUGCCUGAUAUUGUUUAUAAGAAUUUUGAUUUGAAUGAUCGUACUUCCUUCCAUCAAGUUGCAGAUCUAAUAGAUAAUGAUUUAUCCGAACCCUAUUCUGUCUAUGUUUAUAGAUACUUUUUAAAUGAAUGGCCCAGCUUAUGUAAAUUGGCAUAUGAUCUAGAGAGUAAAACCCCUGAUAUUCCUAUAGGAUGUAUUAUAAGUAAAGUAGAUUCAUAUAAAGAUGGAAGAAGAAUAAGAGGAUAUAUUGGAAUGCUAGUAGUGAAAAGCGAAUACCGAGGAAACGGAAUUGCUAGGAAAUUAAUUUACAAUAGUAUACAAGAGAUGCGAUCAUUAAAUUUUAGUUGUGAUGAAAUUAUGCUUGAGACUGAAGUGGCUAAUAAGGCUGCAUUGCAUUUAUAUGAAAGUUUUGGUUUUAUUCGAACAAAAAGGUUGUACAGAUAUUAUUUGAAUAAAGGAGAUGCUUUUAGAUUGAUUUUGCCUUUAACUGAAAAGAGUUGUGUUCGAUCUACUUUUUUAAUACCCACAAGUAGCAACAGUAGUAUUAGUAAUAUGAUUGAUCUGAAGGAUAUUAUAUAG